AGAGGGAUGCUCUGCCAGGUGUCGGCUGCAGCAUCAGCACCGCUCCUCCUCCUCCUCCUCCUCCUCUCCCUCCUCCUGUCCGCAGCAUCCCUCUCUCUUUCUUCACACUGUUUCUAUCAUCCAAAGAGAGGCAGAGGGAGAGAGGAAGAGAGUGGAGCGACGCGCUUGUGUUUCGUUUUUGCAACUCCUGCAUUUGACCGACAUUGUUGAAUGAAUUCACGCUGGAGAUUGAACACACCUCCAUCUCCCAGAACCAUAAAAGACAUCUGUGUUAACUCACGGUUAAUGCAACAUAAGUGGGGAGCUGAAGUGGAAAAGAUUUUAUGAGAUGACAUUUCGUCCUUGGACUGAUCAGCUGAAGGGCCUCUUUCAUACAGACCCAGAAGUGGAGAGAAGUGGAGAGAGGAAACAUUUCUAAGUCCAUAGAUGGCCUCAGAACCCUGCAGGUGUAUUUGAGCCAUCCAACAGAAUCGAUCCGACAUGAGUGUCCCAGCUGGUUUCCAGGGCAUAAGGGUCAAUGUUGAAAGAGGAGAGAAGAUUGGCAACAAAGCCCAAAUCCAGUUCCCCCACGGGGAUGAUAAUGCCAAUAGAUUAUCCUCUGUUGAUGAUCAAGGAGAGAGAGGACUGAUGGAGGACACCGCGUACAGCACAAGUUCCAUUCCUCCUCUGGUCUCUCAGACUGACUCCCCAGACAAGUUGGUGAUCUGGGGCUCUGAGCAGCAUUGUAUGGAGCCUCAGCUGAGAGAGUUUGAAGUUUUAGAGUGUCAGGAGAUACAUGCAUACUUGGGAAACAGAGAUCAGGAUGAGGAGGAUGAUGACAGAAGUUUAAGAGAUGGAAAAGAUGAGGGUCCCAUGUCCAUAUCUUCAAGCUCAACUGCCAGCUCUGCCUCAGUCGGAGGGAGAAGGAAUGACAAUGACAGCAACAAAGUGGAGAGUAGAAUACAGAGGGGCAGAGAGGUGCAGAGAAGGAUUGCCUGUCAUAGCACUGAAGAGCUAGACACAUGUGUGACAGGCUCAACAGAGAGAAAAGACACCAGGUCAGGCAGAGCAGCAGACAGGGAGAGACGGAAGGGAGGUUUGAAGGAGUCCAAGUCAGAGACAAAUGUGUUCGUCCCAAGUUUGACUGCUGUCAACCUCAGCGGGAGUUUAUCAAGUGCGCUUGAUACCAGCGGAGAAGCUCAUUCUCUCAUCUCUCUGUCCAACUCAAAGACCAACCUUUAUCCCUACACAAACAACACUACCUCAGCCCAGAACAGAAGAAGGGCAGCCCCUGUAGAUGCCAACCAGACCUCCCCACCAUCGCAUCCUCAGGAGAAGCCUCGCAUUCCUCAAUACUACAGCCAUGAUCGAAGACAGGAGGAAGAAAGUCAGCACAGAAAUGGAUCAUCUACGGAUGGGCUGGGCCAGAGAAGGAAGGCUGGAUUUGAGGAGAGGGUGAUGCCACCAAGACGGCAGCAGCUCGUCAGACCUCUUUGUCAGACAGAGACAAGUAGAGCAAAGAACUUGGCAGAGCCCUAUACUCAACAGGCUGAAAUCGGGCAGUCUUAUUCCCAAAUCCCUUCUCUAGAUUCACACAGUAGUGGGUCUAACAGAAAGUUUACAAAAACCUCUUUACGUGAACCAUCAGAUUACUCCUCCCUCUACAAUGCAGCUUUAGUCGCACAGUCUAGACAGCCCAUCCAGGCAGUCCAGAGGGAGGCUCGUCCUGUAGAAAAGCAGCCAGCAGCAACUGUGUGGCGCAACUCAAGUCCUUCCAAUCCCUCCACUAUGGACAAGAGACCCCAGACUCAGCUUACAUACAGGAGGAAUUGCUCCAGUCCCAAUAGGACAGGGGUUGAUUCCAGGUCAUCUACUCCUCCACACUCCCCUCUCAGGACACCCCAGGGUUCACCACGCAGGCAAGCCUCCAUGUACCUCGUUUCCAGGAGUGUCCCUGGAGUCGUUCGGCACAUCCCAGGAUGCAACCCUGCUGUAACAACAUCAGCUCAGGGCUAUGGCAACAGUUGCAUGAGAGCACCAGUCAAAACCAACAUAAGCACAAGUGGAAUCCCCAAAGCGCCUCCAAACAACCAGCAGAGCUCAAGCCCCAAAGAGAGCUCCCCAUCUCCUAAACUCAAACCUAAAGGAGUUCGGCCUAAGAUCAUCACCUAUGUCCGUAAGAAUCCUCAGUUUAAACCCCAGGCUGCUGAUGGACCUUAUCAGGUAUCCUCUCUACCAUCCAGACUCUCAGCAUACACUCAUGGACAGACACCCACUUCCUUCAAAGACACCACAAAAGACCCCUCCAAGCCUGAUGCAGAAAUCAGAGGAGCCCCUGUACUCAGUGCCUCCAAUCUGCUGUACGACAAGUAUCGCCAAGAGAUGCAGACUAACAUCUUCCCAUCAGGAGUGCUGAGCAGGAGCAUACGGGCUCCUGGACACACACACAGUCACACUGCACCUCCAAAAUUGGGAAGCAAAGGGGACAACUUCUACGGGGCACCAACAGAGGUGGCCAGAUCUUCCAGUCUUAAAGGGAGCACUGCUGAGGAGGCAUUACUGGCUCGUACAGCCGCUCAGGCUGGAGGAAGCGGCAGUCUCUUGCGCUCUGGCCGAGGUCUACGUCUGGGUCUGGGAGCUGUCAACAGGACGGCUUCAGGGUCAGCGAAAGGCAGAGGAGCUGGCCAGCCUCAGAGGUCAACCCUGGUCUUCAGCCAGCCUGUCCAGCCUGUCAUCCCAGCAACGAGUCAGAAAAGCCAAGAUAACACAGAUGAAGUUUUUACCAACAAUGCUCCUGCUCCUGCUCCAGCCACAGCAGCAGCUCAGCCCCAGGCCACUGCCGCCUCCAGGUCUCUGCUUCCCAAAACAAGCCAGUCAGGUCUGCGUCCCCCGGGCUUCAGCUCCACCCGCCUCCCGACCAGUCGCCUGGCAGCCUUCGGAUUCGUCAGGAGCUCCAGCGUCUCCUCCGUGUCCUCGGCUCACUCGGCCGACAGCACACAGAGCGACCCCUGCAGGACAGCUCACCGUCUCAGUGUCAGCGAGGAGCCCCCUCUCCACAGAGUUACAACCAAUCCUCCAACGACAGACCAACAGAGAGGGCCACCAUGCCGCAGCAACAGCCUCCAGCCCCCCUCUACCCCAGCCCUGCCCCGACGCUACCUGCCUGCUCAGCCAAGAAGCUCCCCUGGAGCUGGCAGGAAGGAGUUUCAGCGGAGUUCAGAGGUCACACGUUCACUCCCGUCUUCUCCAAAGAGGCUGGCGGUCGUUCCUCCAAAACCUCAGUCCCCAGUCCAGUCUGGGCAGCGGCCGGCAGCAGCAGUGCGAGGGUCAGCUCCCCCGGGGUCUCCCCGCCUCGUGGCUCCCCUGCGCCUGCAGCAGGAGCAGCAGGAGAGCCUGCAGAGAGAGAAAGAGGAGGCGCAGCAGAAAGAGAAAGAGCGACAGGCUGAAGAAAGAGAAAAAGAUGAGCAGAGGGAGGAGGUUCAGAGGCUGCAGGGACGCUGCGAGCAGCAGGAGAGGCAGCUGAGAGCUCUGAAAGAAGAAAUGAGGAAGACUUCCCUGGGUCUGGAGGCCUUUAUUAUCACAACUCAGCAUUACUGCCUCAAGUAUAAAACAACAGAAGAAAAUCAAAGGAAACUGUCCCUGGAAAUGCAGAGGAUCAGAGAGGAAAUGGAAUGCAACUCAGCGCGAUGGGAGAGGCUGCACCAUGAGAAAACAGUGUUGGAGGCGGGGUUUGAGCGGGAGCUUCAGGAGCUGCAGCUGCAGCAGGAGGCCGAGCUGGCUGCUGUGGAGGAAGGACUCCGAAAGUGUCACUCAGCAGAGAAAGAACACCUGAGGGCAGAGCAUCGCUCAGAGAUGGAGGAGCUGAGGACUCAACAGCAGGAACAGGUGGAGGAGAUGACAGUUCACCACCAGGCAGCCGUUCAGGAGCUCAGAGACAUGCAUAACAUCACCAUGGCAACACUGCAUGAGGAGCACGCCCGUACCAUGAGAGACUUAAGAAAAGCUCACGAGCAACAGAAGAUGCUGCUGGAGGAGGAUUUUGAGAAACUUAGGAUUUCUCUGCAGGAUCAAGUGGACACUCUGACGUUUCAGAACCAGAGUCUGAGGGACAAAGCCAAACGCUUCGAGGAGGCUUUGAGGAGAAGUACAGACGAACAGAUAGUUGAUGCUUUGGCUCCAUACCAGCACAUCGAACAAGAUCUGAAGAGUCUGAAAGAAGUCGUAGAAAUGAAGAACCAGCAGAUUCACCAGCAGGAGAAGAAGAUCUCUGAUCUGGAGAAAGUGGCUCAAAAGAACGUGUUCCUUGAGGAGAAGGUCCAGGUUCUGCAGCAGCAGAAUGAAGAUUUAAAGGCUAGGAUUCAAUUAAACCUCUCUUUGUCCAGGCAACUUUCAGAGGAGAAUUCCAAUCUCCAUGAGUCCGUAGAGAAGGAGAGCACGGAGAAGAAGCGCCUCAGCCGCAACAACGAGGAGCUUCUGUGGCGUCUCCAGACCAGCCCCCUCAUGUCACCUUCAUCCUCCCCACUGCACCGAUCCUUCUCCACCUCCCCCGUCCCCUCAUCCCCUUUCUUCUCCUCCUCACCUGUGGCAGGAUGCGACUCCCCCACUCACUGCUAUGGCUGUCCCCAGCAGGCUCAGUACUGCUCCCCAUCCCACAGAGCGGCCGUCACCAAUCAAAAUCUCUCCCCUGGACCGGCCACGCCCACUCACAGGGCGGCAAGCAAUCAGAAUUACUCCCCUGGUCCAGGCACACCAACACACAGAGUGUCAGCCAAUCGCUGUAACCCUGCUGCUUGUGUCGGCUCUCUGCAGAGAUAAACUCACAUCUCUCUCUCAUUUUCUUUUGCCUUGUAUUCUUUUAUAUAUUUAUUUAUUAUCUCCUCCUGUUUUGAAUGUGAACAGAUUUUAGGUACAUGUUGGAGAACAACAGAAGCCGAUCUCAAUAUAGAAAUACAGAUCCUGAAAAGUAGACUGUACAUACUGUAUGAUAGUGUCCACAUGUAGUGAAACCUCCUUGCAUUGAGUCCCAAAAGAUAGAAACUGUACAGAUGGAAACUAGCAGACUUUCUGAGGCUGUGUUGACGUGAUAUCAUCAUGUGUCCUGGUUGAUCCAAUCACAAGCAGAGUGCUCACGUGUUAUCAACAUCUAUCUCCAAUGCCCACUUGUGAUCAGAUCUCACUUUUCCUUUCUAUAUGGAAUAAACCCAUCUCCUCCAUCA